CUUCCUCCCAAAUCCGGUAGAAUUGCUGGCUCCCUGCAACCUUCGCUCGUCCGGGUUGGGUCUCAUCCCAAAGUCCGUUAAUCCCAGCGAGAAGCACUGUCAGGCCGGGCCACUUCCUAUUUCUUAUUUGACCGCCGCCUUUUCCCCUCUUCUCCCUUGUCCUCUCUCCUCAUUGCUUCUAUUUAUUCCUCUUACAUCUUGCACGGUCCCAGUCGUCGUCAAGAUACCUUGCUGAUCCGGCCAGCAGAGCUGUGCGCAUCAUUUUUCUUUUUGAACUCCUCCUCUUCCCCUCUCCGUGGUUUCAUAUAUAUUCAUCUCCCUCCACCGUCCAGCUAGCUGGAUUGCUCUUUGAUCUUAAACCAUUAUAAUCAAUCUCCCUCCUAUACCUUUUGAUCCUUGAUCGGAUUAUCUCCACCCUAUAAUCAUCAUGUCUGCUGAACACCCUAUUGAGAAGGACAUGGCUCCUGAGCUCGAGAAUGGCAGCAACGGCAGUGCUCCCUUGACCCACGAGUUGACCGCUGAGGAGACCGCCAGAGCUGCUGCGCGUUUUGGCUAUGGACCCAUGGCUCACGUCAACACCAAGGAGGCCAACCUGCGCCCCUUCGGAGGUGAAUUUCAGCCUGGUCUGUACAAGUCGGUCGAGCAGCGCAAGUUCGCCAACCCGGCGCCUCUGGGUCUCUGCGCUUUCGCCCUCACCACUUUCAUCCUGAGUUUGAUCAACAUGGGAACCCGUGGUAUCUCUGCGAACAACAUCGUCGUUGGUCUGGCUUUCGGAUAUGGUGGUCUCGUUCAGUUGCUUGCUGGCAUGUGGGAAAUGGCUGUCGGAAACACCUUCGGUGCCACUGCUCUGUCCUCCUACGGAGGUUUCUGGAUCUCUUUCGCCAUUAUCUUGACCCCCGGUGGGUUCGAGAUCGAGUCGUCGAUUGAAUCCGCCGGUGGCGCCACCAUGUUUUACAACUCGAUGGGACUGUACCUGCUGGGCUGGUUCAUCUUCACCACCGUCCUGCUGUUCUGCACUCUGAGAUCCACUGUCGCCUUCUUCUGCCUCUUCCUGUUCCUGGACCUGACCUUCUUGCUGCUUGGUGUUGGUUACCUGCAGCGGAACUCGGCUGGCGAGCCCAACACCCCCGUCAUUAAGGCAGGUGGUUUCUUCGGUCUCCUGGCUGCAUUCGCCGCUUGGUACAACGCCUUGGCCGGUAUUGCCGACAGCAGCAACAGCUUCUUCAUCAUCCCUGUUGCUCACUUCCCCUGGUCUCCCACUGCUCGUAGCCGUGCUAAGACCCCCCGUGAGACUGUCUAAGUCAGUCGCGUGGGUUCAGGCCAUCGACAUGGUCGCGUUGAAAG